AUGACCGACAACACCACCGCCAUCCCCCAGGGCUCAUGGGUCCUCGUAACCGCUGCCAACGGCCACACCGGAAGCCACAUCGUGAUAGAGCUACUGAAGCGAGGUUUCAAGGUUCGUGGAACUGUCCGCGACCUAGAGUCUUCACAAUGGCUUCUGGACGAUGAUUUCAUUGCGCCAUAUGCCAAGCAAGGCGACCUUGAGCUCGUUGUUGCCGAUACCAGUGUCCCCAACGCGUUUGACGAUGUCGUCAAGGGCGUGUCAGCUGUGAUUCACGUCGCCAUCAUCAGCGACUUCGUGGCGGACCCCAACAUUGCCAUCCCUGCAACCGUCGAGGCUGCACUCACAGUCUGUCGCUCUGCAGCCCGCGAGUCAUCAGUCAAGCGCUUCAUCUUUACAUCCACUUUUUGGGCCGCCACAUUCCCGGCCCCAGGCAUUUCUGACACAAUCACCAAUCUCGACACAUGGAAUGAGUUUGCGCUCCGAGCUGCCUGGGCUCCUCCGCCUUAUGAAGCUGACCGGAUUAUUCCCGUCUAUUGCGCUUCCAAGGUCGAGGCUGAGAAGGCAGUGUGGAAGUUUGUCAAAGAUGAGAAACUUCCCUGGGCUGUCAACUCUGUCAGUCCUUGUGUGAUUCUGGGAGACAUCAGAGUCGACAAACAUCUUCGAUCUGUGCCGCCACAGCUUUUUGAGCAGCUCUACUUGGGCAACACCACAGCUUUGCAGUCGCCUGCCCUGUACUACUCGCACGUCACCGACGUUGCAGUCCUUCACGUCGCCGCUGCCCUAGACCCAGACAUCAAAGGCCAGAGGAUCCAAGUACUCGCGGGAUCGUUCAACUGGGACAACUGCCUCGACAUCCUGCGCAAGGCCUACCCGGACCACAAGUUUGUUGACAACUUUCAACCCGAAAACCCUCGCUUGACCUACAAGGUUGAGAAUGACAUUGCGCCUGGGUUGGUCAAGAAAUGGGCCGGCCGCGACUGGAUUGGUUUGGAGACUUGUGUGAAGGAGACGGUGCAGGGCAUCAUCGACCUCAAGCUGAAGAAGUGA